AUGCUCCAGCAUUAUACCUCCGUCAUUAGUGGAGAGGAUGCGCGGUCGGGACUUCUCCGAGGGAUUAAGACCAUUGCAGAUGUUGUGGCUACCACACUCGGCCCCCGAGGACGCGCAGUUAUUCUGGCAGAUGGAAGUGCAUCUGGCACCACGAAGGUGACGAAGGAUGGGGUCUCAGUUGCACGAGCAAUUAAUUUAUCUGGACUGGAAGGCGUGGGUGCCGACCUCAUUAAAGAUGCGUCUCUUCGUACAAAUACCAUGGCAGGGGAUGGAACCACAACUUCUCUUAUUCUCUCCGGCAAACUAGUCAAUGAGAUGAACAAGUAUGCAUUAAGUGGGUUAGGGAAUCUCCAGUUACUCCAGGCUCUCAAUUCAGCUGGUGUAGAUUGCCUCCAAUCUCUAAGAAAGCAAUCCAGAGCCAUUGAGAGCAAUAAGAUGCUUUAUAGCGUGGCCACAAUUGCAGCCAACAACGACCCCAAAAUUGGUAAGGUUGUUUCUGACGCAUUUGCGGCUGUUGGCCGAGAAGGAACAAUAACUGUCGAGGAUGGAUAUACAGACAUUGACACGCUUAACGUUACCGACGGAUGCUCCAUUCCAAGUGGGUUUUUGUCUCCUUAUUUCGCUCUGGGAGGCUCCCGUUACCUUGAGCUCACCAACCCGUUGGUGGUCAUUACCGACACAGUUCUGUCCUCAGCAGCUCCUCUUGUUUCUAUUCUGGAACGUUGCGUGAAAGAGAAAAGACCACUUCUUAUUAUAGCAUCGGAUGUGACAGGGGACGCAUUAAGUACACUCGCAAUCAAUACACUCAAAGGUACUGUGCGUUGCUGUGCCGUCCGCGCUCCAGGCUACGGAGACGUUAAGAAGGGCGUACUGGAGGAUCUUGCAGCAGUAGUGGGGAUACCGACGUAUAUCUCAGAUGAGCUCCACACUGCCAGUGCUCCGGGAAGCGCGGUUCUUUCUAAUAUUGGAUCCUGUCACAAAGCAAUCAUAACACCAGCAAAUACAGUUUUACACUUCAAUGACGACAAGAACUGCAACUCACUUAUCCGUGGACGUGUCGCGGGUCUGCGUUCUCUUUUAGAAUCGAAUAACCUCACCAACUAUCAACGGAGUAAGUUAAAUGAACGUAUAGGCAGACUAUUGGGUAAGGUGUGUACUAUCCGCAUAGGCGCGAAAACAGAGCUUGAGGCAGAGGAAAAGAAAGAUAGAUAUAUAGAUUCUCUCUCUGCAGCCCGGGCUGCUCUUGAGGGAGGACUUUUGCCGGGUGGUGGAGUAGCUUUUCUGCGUGCAGCACAGGUAAUGGAGCGAAAGCUUGCCGAAGGAAAGGUAGCAGACCCGGUGACUAUCGCAGCACACAAAGCCCUCAUCGCUGCCCUUCAUGAACCUGCCCGGAUCAUCGCUGAAAGUGCAGGAGCAAGUGGCCACGUUGUGGCUGAAGCCAUAAAGAACUCUCCGGACAACUUCUAUGGCUUUGAUGCCCUGAAUGGGCAAUUUGUUAACAUGGAGAAAGCAGGCAUACUGGAUGCAACCAAAGUAGUUACAACUGCACUUGAUUCUGCACUGGGAGUUUCGUCUGUUCUUUUGAACACAGACGCAGUUGUUCAACCAAUUCCCACCGACACCAAUCUGUUUAAAAAUAAAUAG